AACCUAUUAUACUAUGAUGUCACUGAAAACACAAAAAUUCUAAUUUGUGGAAUGUGGGUUGCAUAAAAGCAGUGGGGCAAAACAUCGCAAGGCAUUUAAAAGAAAAACCGGGGAAUAAACUGACACCCGCCAUGUUUGGCGCAUACGUACAAGAAUUAUUCGCGGAUGAUUCCAAUAUAAAAGUAGAAGUACACGAUAGAAAGUGGAUAGAACAGAAAAAAAUGGGUGCGUUUUUAUCUGUAGCAGCAGGGAGUCACGAAGAACCGAAAUUCAUCGAGAUAACCUACAAAAACGCCGACGACGCAUCUAAACCGUUUGUGUUUGUUGGUAAAGGAGUCACUUUUGACACCGGCGGCAUUUCACUGAAACCCUCCAAAGGUAUGCCGACAAUGCGCGCGGAUAUGGGCGGCGCUGCGUGUAUCAUCGGCGCAAUGCACGCCGUGUCAAAGAUGGCGCUGCAGAUCAACAUGAAAUGUCUAAUUCCGUGCACGGAUAACAUGCCAUCGAGUAAAGCCACGCGUCCCGGCGAUGUCGUCACCGCAAUGAAUGGAAAAACAAUCGCUGUGGAUAACACCGAUGCCGAAGGAAGACUUAUUUUAGCUGACGCGUUGUGUUACAGCGGUUGCUUCAAUCCGAAGUUUGUGAUUGACAUGGCGACGUUGACAGGUGCCAUUGGUGUUGCGCUGGGGAAAGGCGCAGUUGGAGUGUAUAGUAACACGCAUGCGCUGUAUGAUAUUCUACAGGAAGCAGGCGCACGCACAGGCGAUCGAGUAUGGCGCAUGCCACUGUGGAAGUUAUACACAAAACUCAUGACAGAUUGCACAGCGUAUGAUUUACAGAAUGUCGCUGAGGUAGGUGGCGGUAGUUGUACAGCCGCCGGGUUUCUUCGUGAAUUCGCACCGAAAGAUGUCGAUUGGAUGCAUAUUGACAUCGCGGGUGUCAUGGAUGGCGCGCAGCCAAUGAAAUACGUCAAGGGCAUGUCCGGACGACCAACACGCACUAUUAUAGAAUUCAUCGUUAUGAAUCAGUAGUAAUUUACCUCAAAUGUACGCUAUAUGAAUAACUUGUAUUAAAAUGUUAACGUUAAAAUAUUAA